GAGCGGAAACUUCUUCGGAGUCAACGGCGCCAUGCUCGCCAUGUUCAGGUGGCUCGAAGAAGCACUCGUCCAUGAAAAUCGGCGCCGCGUUCUGUGCGACAUAUCCUGCUUGCCCCUGGUCGCCACCAUCAGCGACGGUGAGGGUUCGGGCAACGUCGCCGCGGCAAUGUGGCAACCAGCAGAGCCAGCCGAAAGCCCCCGCAUCACGGCGACGAGGGCCCCAGAGAACGCGCUGGCGAAGUGGGCGCAGCACGCCUCCAACGCCAUAGCUCCAAUCGAGGGUGCGGGGCCACUGCUUGCCUUAGCCGCGUGGCCAGGCCUGGAGCAUCGACUCUGGAUCCACUUCGUGGACAACGCGAACGCCAUGCACGCGCUGAUCAAAGGCAACAGCGUGAACGCAGAUCUGAAGAACGUGAUGCGCGCCACGUGGAAGAUUGUCCACCGGCGACGACUGCAUUUGUGGGUCGAGUAUGUCAAUACCCACGACAACCCGGUGGACAAGGCCAGUCGAGGGUGCACGGACGACCUCUACGACCAAGGCUGGGUGUGGGACCCGCCGGGCGAUCUAUCACAUUUCUCGUGA